ACAACACUGCAUAGCAUUUCCGCUUCUCCAAAGUGAAACUAGCUUCCAGCGAGCAUAGAGUUCACGUAGAGUUUGACAGUCGACGUUUACCUGACUUAAAUAAGCUGCCAAAAGUAAGUUUCCUCCUGUACGCAGAUACUAAUAAGUACAUUUUUCUCCUGAAUGAGGAGUAAAGAGUCACGUAGUCGUUCUGACAUCGAUGAAUUAACUCAAACUUGAGCGUGUCCUUUUUUCCGCCUGCCUCGUGGCGCCGGGAUGGACAGGCCCACGUUGAUGAAGAUCACCGACGAGCUGGAUUCCUCCGACGUGGCCUGCCUCUGCUUUUUGUGCCGUGAUGUCGUCCACACGAAAAAUAUAGAGGAAGUCAACGAUGCAAAGGAUUUGUUCAACAGACUUGAGGAAAAAGGUCUCCUGGAGGACUGCGCAUUUCUCGCGGAGCUGCUUGGCACGGUCGGACGAGAAGAUCUCCGCCGCCUCCUUGUGACGAACAGGCAGUGUGCGGCCGAAACUGAUGCUACUCCUAUGCUGUCUAGUUACAGGGUGAUGCUGUAUAAUAUAUAUAAUGACAUCACUCAAGACAAUAUGGAAAGGAUGAAGUUUCUUUUGAGCGACGAUCUUGGCAGAAGACAAAUUGAGAAAUGUAAAACAGUGUUGGAUAUAUUUAUCGAAAUGGAAAAGACGGGGACUUUGCUGUCCGACACGAAUCUUGGCAAGCUGCAUUCGAUACUGCAUGUUGUUGAUCGACAAGUGGCGUCGACCGUGGAGAAAUACAUCAACGCACUUCCGCAGGCGCAGGCUCCGCCUCCUUCUGGUUUCAUCAUGAAUUAUCGGCAUGUCAACAACAACUUCCCGCUUGUGUCCGUAUCAGAGACUCAGCCUUCCGAUAAAAGGGGGCCUAUUUCCUUCGACGCGAAAAAAAGCAACAAGCCCGACCUUUCCGAUCAGCAGGCGGAGUACUACGCGAUGACUCGUAACCCCCACGGUUUUUGCGUGAUCGUCAGCAACGAGGAUUUUUUGGGGACGAAACUGGGAAAAAGGAGCGGAACUCGGCAGGAUGAGGUGGCUCUUGAGUCCGUGUUUUCCAGAUUGGGCUUCAGAGUGUUUGUUCAUCGCAACUUGGCUGCAGAGCAGAUAAGACAGACGCUAAAAGAACACGCUCAAAGAAAUUUUUCAGAUGACGACGCACUGGUGGUGUGUUUGCUCUCCCACGGAGAAAAAGACUGUGUCUUUGGGACUGACGAGCAAAAGGUGCCCAUACCAGACCUGACCGGGCCCUUCACGAGCGUACGUGCCCCUACCUUGGCGGGGAAACCCAAGCUGUUCUUCAUCCAAGCGUGUCAGGGAGCCGGCUACCAGACGGGGUCCCUGCCAUGCCCUCCCAGGCCCAGCGAGAGCCGUGAUGACGAGCAGAGUCGCUUUGAAACGGAUGCAGGUCCCAUCCGUGGUGAGACGGUGCCCUCGGACGCCGACUUCCUAUUCGGCAUGGCCACUGUGCCACAAUGUGUGUCAUUCCGAAGCAAGGUCACAGGCUCUAUCUACAUCCAAGAGUUGUGCAAGCAGCUCCAACGAUCAGCUGAGAGCCGCAAGGACGAGGACAUUCUCACCAUCCUGACACGGGUGAACAGGGAGGUCAGCAAAGGAGAGUAUCUGAACUUCAAGCAAAUGCCGCAGCCCAAGUACACCCUCACCAAGACCCUCGUUUUAAGAUUUGCCGACGCGGGCCAAGUGCAACCCUCCUAAGGUGCCGUAUCGCCGAAUACCUCGGGUGGUGCUCCAAUGUGUGCAUCACUGGCGCCCGUCAGCUUGCAUAGACUGUGAUUGAAUGGCAAUGAUGAUUGUUUAGUAGUUAAUAAAAAAAGUAUGAAUAAGAAAAGUAUAUCAUAUCAUGUUUUCCUUCAUGAAAUGAUCCGUCAUGAUGCUUAUUUUAAUGUUGUGGACACAAUGCUGCUUAUUGGGAUCGCAAUGAUGUACUGUAAUAUAAUCACCAGCAUUUUUGUCUUUGUUUACAUGGCAUUUUAGUUUGGUGAUCAAUCCUCAGCAUUCACACUAUUUCUCAAGAUGGCUGUGAAAUAUGUCAUUAAAAGAGCAAAUAAAAGACUUUUGUACCUGUACUGCAGGCAUGUUCAAACCUGUUGUAUUGUGGGAAAUA